CCCGGGGAUAAUGACGAGUCCAUUUGAUCAUGACUCAGCAAGGGUUAUGCUUCAGAAAGUUUUGAUCCUCGAGCGCGAACCAAAAAAAUCAAUUCGCUGCUGAAACUGGGUGAGAAUUUUACCGCGUACUUCAUGUCAAUGAUCACUUCACGUGAACGAUGAUCGAUAAUCUUCUAAUCUUUCAGAUGCGGCUUAGCAGCAAUGGGUUCUGGAAAGGGGUGAUCACGAAAGCAGUGUGCGUACAAUGGAUGAGAAGAGGUACUAAAUAAGUAAGGUGGGCCACAACAGGCUGGGUAUAGGAGGGGCGACAGGGAGAAUAAUUGGUUGUAGAAGGGUCACAUCAUGGUAAUGGUCUCGCCAUGCACGAGGCUCUACAGCCGCUGUACUUGCGAGGAUAUAUGCCGAUGGCGGACGGAAGUCGGAGAGGAGGGCUGGGUUGUUCUUACGUGAGAGGAGGAUAUGUAAAAUAUCUGAUUAUCAAGAACGGUGCUUUGACUGAGACCGACUGGUCGCAUGCCGAUCGGUGCCGAGCCAGACGGACGGUGCUGCCCACAUAAUAAAUUGGCCUGGUCCCCGAGCCUUGUUUCGCUUUCUCCUAUCACUUGGGUCCCCUGCUCUCUAGCUCUCUCUCGAGAGUGUCCACCUCCAUCAUGCGUUCAUCCUGGUGCACCAUCGGUCUCCUCGUCCCAGCCCUUGCUCUGACUGCCACCACUGCUCUCGCAAGCUCUUCCGCUGAUUUACAGACCCGACAGAUAUCAGACCUGUCCCCACUCGCUGGGCGCUAUCAUUCCAGACGAGAUGGCGACCACGAGCACAUGCACAUGCACGGAGCACCCCUCCUCGAGCUCAACGAGACUGAGCUUCAAAUGUGGCACCCCCCGACCCCACCGUCCUACUGGUCCAUCGAUAUCGAAGACCGCGACCCUGACGCUGCCCGCUAUCCUGGCCUCAUGGCCUUGCAUAUAGUCAUGAUGUCUUUGGCUUUCUUUGUUGCUCUGCCUGUCGGUAUCGCCUUGCGCUCUGUACGCCAUGCAUGGCACGCUGUCGUUGUAUUGGUAUUUUACGGCCUAUGUGCCCUCGGUUGUGCAGCGAGCGCACUUUAUAAAAAAUUAACACCCAAUAUGUACGACGGGUCUACUCAUACGUCACAUGGCUACUUUGUCCUUUUCCUUAGUCUAUGCUUGUCUGCUGUUGACAUAGCCGCAUUCUGCAUCCGUCUCUAUACCUUCGUCAGAAAUCGGGAACCGUUUGUUUUCAAGACCUUUUGGCGAACCGUCGUCCUCGGUCGUGAAGAUGUCAACGUAGGCUCGGACCUUGAGUACACUGGGCUAGUAGAUGAGUCAGAGGAAAUCUUCGACGCUGAAACGAAACCUCACAGAGUGGCUGAAGCAGUGGAAUCUGUCCAUAUCGAUAGAUUGGAUGAUGACGAGACCGCAUCUUGGGCCAACGAUGUACAGCGCUCCCAUCGUGGUCAUCAGUAUUCUCAGUCGACAUCUUCAGAACGAACUGUGUUUGGCAUAAGGUCUCCUCGGGGAUCGAGACAUUCUGAUGACACACUCCACGAUCUGGGUAUCCCCGCCAUCAUCCGGCCAAAGACACACAUGCUUCGCCGUGUUGCCAAUGUUGCCUUUGCCACAUUAGAGAGGUCCUUGGUCUUCGCGGGUUUUGCCAUGCUUUUGUCUGGUGUUGUGGUUUAUACCGGUGGUUGUCGCGAAGGCUACAUCAAUGGCUGUCUUGCACAUCUCAUCAAGGGAGGAAUAUUCUGGUGUUACGGUCUUGUCACUUUUGCUCGUUUCCUGGGUUCCUUCUCUGAGCUGGGCUGGUCGUGGAAUCGUACUCCUGCUGGUGACUAUGUCUCAGCAGAAUUUGUCGAGUCGCUUGUCAUCUUCAUCUAUGGUAUCACCAACACAUGGAUGGAACGUUUUGGCGCUCACCCUGGCGACCCUUACACGACCAAACAGCUGCAGCACAUAAGUAUCGCUGUUAUGUUUUGGUUUGCUGGUCUUGUUGGCAUGGGAAUUGAAUCGAAGCGUGUUCGUCGAUGGCUGGCGGCUUCUGCCUCGAGUGCAAUGAGAUCAGCCACCGUCUCGCAUGAGACUAUAGCCGAACCACCGAGUUACCGAGCCAGCUUCAACCCGUUCCCUGCUCUCGUCAUUGGCGUGACUGGUGCGGCCAUGAGUGCUCACGCCCAGACUUAUUUGUUUCAGGUCCAGAUCCAUGAAAUCUGGGGAUGGCUCCUGUUAGGUUUUUCGGUUCUCCGAUGCCUAACAUAUUUCUUCGUUUGGCUGGGUCCUCCUCGUUCAAUCCUCCCUUCUCGGCCGCCGACCGAAGCACUCGGGAGCUUCUUCCUUGCCUGUGGAGGACUCAUGUUCAUCUUCAGUACGGAGGAGAUAACAAUCGCCGCCAUGCGUAAAGGGCGUGAUGAUGAUGUUGUUCCUCAACGUUGCCGUCGCCAUUACUUGCUUCGCAUUCUGCUGGACGCUUUCUAUUGUCGCGCUCAAGGGUUGGCUCAAGUCGCGAUCUCAAUCUCGGCCUUCAUUCAUCGGGUCAUCAUCGCCAUGAUUAGUUACACAUGUUCACUUAGCUUUCACCCUUUCUCAUGUUGGUUAUCGUCAGGUCAUUAUCUAUGUUGCUUUCUAACCAUUUUCUCAUCAUACCUGCUUUACCCAUUCCCAACACCUGUAUCCAUCCUCCCGGCGUUACCCAGUAUCUUACUGUUGUCAAACUUGUUUUACUUUUACAUUUUUAUAUCUAGCACGACCUGCGCUCCAAGUUGCGCCGUGUCACUUACCUUUUUACGACCUUCUCUUUACGACACGACGUUAGCCACAUAGAUUACUCGAGGGGGGAAGCCUCUAUUCAAUGCCC